CAUUUGCAGCACUAGUCUUACAUUCCCCCUCCUUCGACGAUUUAAACGCUGCCUUUGAAUCACUCUAAUGGACAUCUAAGGAUAACCACCAAGUGAGCGACACAGGGCUGUUUUUACUGUGCAUGGACGGAAAGCCAAUGCGCAGGGGUACCAGCGUUCGCCCAGAUACCACCGGAAUGGAUAUUACCAGCCGUUGCACCCUGGGUGACCCCAACAAACUCCCCGAGGGGGUGCCCCAGCCGGCGCGGAUGCCCUACGUCUCCGACAAGCACCCUCGCCAGACUCUGGAGGUGAUCAACCUACUGCGCAAGCACCGGGAGCUUUGCGACGUGGUCCUGGUGGUUGGAGCCAAGAAGAUCUACGCCCACCGGGUCAUCCUGUCCGCCUGCAGCCCCUACUUCAGGGCCAUGUUCACCGGCGAGCUGGCGGAGAGCAGGCAGACGGAAGUGGUCAUUCGCGACAUUGACGAACGAGCCAUGGAGCUGCUCAUUGAUUUCGCCUACACUUCACAGGUGACUGUGGAGGAGGGGAAUGUGCAGACGUUGCUGCCUGCCGCCUGCUUGCUGCAGUUAGCAGAGAUCCAGGAGGCCUGCUGCGAGUUUCUCAAACGGCAGCUGGAUCCGUCUAACUGCCUGGGGAUCCGUGCCUUCGCGGACACGCACUCCUGCAGAGAACUACUGCGCAUCGCGGACAAAUUUACUCAGCACAACUUUCAGGAGGUGAUGGAAAGUGAAGAGUUUAUGUUGCUACCUGCCAACCAACUGAUAGACAUCAUUUCCAGUGAUGAGCUGAAUGUUCGUAGUGAGGAGCAGGUGUUUAAUGCAGUCAUGGCCUGGGUUAAAUACAGCAUCCAGGAACGCAGGCCUCAGCUCCCACAGGUUCUCCAACACGUACGCCUUCCUCUCCUAAGUCCAAAGUUCCUGGUGGGGACAGUGGGCUCUGAUCCUCUGAUUAAAAGUGAUGAGGAGUGCAGAGACCUGGUAGAUGAGGCAAAGAACUAUCUCCUGCUGCCACAAGAGCGCCCCCUAAUGCAAGGACCACGUACACGGCCUCGAAAACCCAUUCGCUGCGGAGAGGUGCUCUUCGCAGUGGGCGGAUGGUGCAGCGGAGACGCCAUCUCCAGCGUGGAGCGGUACGACCCGCAGACAAACGAGUGGAGGAUGGUCGCUUCCAUGAGCAAACGGCGAUGCGGCGUCGGCGUCAGCGUCCUCGAUGACCUCUUAUACGCCGUGGGCGGCCACGACGGGUCGUCAUAUCUAAACAGCGUGGAAAGGUAUGAUCCAAAGACCAACCAGUGGAGCAGUGAUGUGGCUCCCACCAGUACCUGUAGGACCAGUGUCGGUGUCGCUGUGCUGGGCGGAUACCUGUAUGCCGUGGGGGGUCAGGAUGGAGUCUCCUGUCUUAACAUAGUGGAGAGAUACGACCCUAAGGAGAACAAAUGGACGCGUGUGGCCUCCAUGAGCACCAGGCGUUUGGGCGUGGCUGUGGCUGUGCUGGGAGGAUUUCUCUACGCAGUGGGAGGAUCAGACGGCACAUCCCCUCUUAACACAGUGGAACGGUAUAACCCUCAGGAGAAUCGCUGGCACACGGUGGCACCCAUGGGCACGCGGCGGAAACACUUGGGUUGCGCCGUGUACCAGGACAUGAUUUACUCAGUGGGAGGUCGAGAUGACACCACAGAACUGAGCAGCGCUGAACGAUACAACCCCAGAACCAAUCAGUGGUCACCCGUCGUCGCCAUGACGUCCAGACGGAGUGGGGUUGGUUUGGCAGUAGUGAAUGGCCAGUUGAUGGCUGUAGGAGGCUUUGACGGCACAACAUAUCUGAAAACAAUAGAAGUCUAUGACCCUGAUGCUAAUACGUGGAGGCUCUACGGUGGAAUGAACUACCGAAGGUUAGGGGGCGGGGUCGGCGUGAUCAAAAUGACUCACUGUGAAUCCCAUAUAUGGUAGCGCCAUCUCCUGUCCCCGCCCACAGAUGCCUCACCAUAGCUUGUGCCUCCCAUAGAGACAUUGUGCAUCUUGCAAGAGAGAGAGAGGAAACUAAAAAAAAAGACUGUGUAAGACUGUACUGCAUCUCUCUAGCCACUUGAGAUGCCAAGCCAAGGAUUAAUAAUCUGCCGUAGUUAUCUUCAUGAAAGCUGCUUUGAGAAGGCUCAGACCAGCAGGCCCACAGUCUGUCUCUUCUUGUCUUGGACCACACUCCAUUAGACUUACCCUCAGCCAAAGGCCACGCUCAAGCCGGCAGAGAAUGGGGGG